GUGUCUUGAAUCUGUGACUAGCUCUAAUAAUGGCUGAAGUUUUCGGGCAAGUGGUUGGAAGCCCAGUGCCAAAGCGAGAGUGUUGUAGUUCUUAGUGUCUUAAGAAAUAGUAUAUUUUUAUUAAUAGGAUAUAAAAUCGCGAGUGUUCAUAUGGUGAUCGAUUUUAUCGUAAAAUGUCAACUAGAUCCCAACUAACAAAGGAUUUAAACGAAAGUGUGAAAGCGUUACUUGGAAAACAUGUCAAGAUACUGCACAAGAACGUCGUUAAGCUGGAGACGAAAGGAGACAAGACAGAAAACAGAGUGCUGGUGUUUUCCCCAUGCCGGUUGUUCCUGCUCACCGCGAAGGUGCCAACCAAGAUUGAAUCACACUUCCAUUACCUAGAAAUACAAGCUGUUGAAAGCAAGAAAUCAAAUCAGUUGUGCCUCACUGUUGGUGAUAAGCAGUACUCCUUUUUGACUGCUGAUGAUUCAGUCAGCCAUGAUGUUGACUCUAUGAUAAAAGCGUUGACAACAGCCAUCAGAAAUAUAUUUCCUACAGUUCCUUUACAGCAUAUUAUCAGGAGGAUAGAAGUGGUGCCAGAGUCACGAAACCAGUACCUGCAAGAUAGUCCCAGCGAUGGGCGUGCCACAGCUGUUGGUCCAUGCGGUGGCUUCUCCACACAGUAUGCUUGCAUGUGUGAUUACCACAAUAUGCCUUAUCGGGAGGAGGUGUCCUGGGACGUGGACACAAUAUACCUCUCUCACGACACACGAGAAUUAUGUCUGAGGGACUUCGACCACCUAGAUCCAAAGGACAUAGUGCCUAUAAUCAGUGCCCUAGAGUACAAUACGUGGUUCACAAAACUGAAAGCCAGCAAUAUGAAGCUGACCCAUGAGGCCUUGGAUCGGUUAUUGCACAUAUUGAAGAAGACUCUUAGCCUUGAGGAACUUUAUCUGGAUAACCUCGGUGUUAAAUGGGAUUUUGCUCACAAACUGUCACUGGCGUUAAUAGCCAACAGCAACACACCUCUUCAUACUUUAGACUUGUCUAACAAUCUGAUAGAGGAUAAAGGUGUUAAUCAGCUGAGUAGCCCACUUGGGAAACUUCCAAAAGGCUUGGUUCAUCUAAACCUUUCUCACUGUGGUUUGUCCUCAAAGGGUGUAAACCAGCUCGCACAUGCACUGUCAGUCAAUAAGCUGGUCCCAAGCACAUUAAGCUACCUCAACCUCAGUGGGAACAAUCUCAAGGAGGAAAUAAAUAACCUAUGUAACUUCCUUGCACAACCAAACAGUUUGACCCACUUAGACCUUUCUGGAACUGAUACGGUACUAGAAUCGAUAUUUGGAGCUCUCUUGAGAGGAUGUGCAACUAACUUGGUACAUUUAAAUGUUUCUCGCAACAUGUUCAGCACAAAGAAGACUAAAGAAGUUCCACCCUCAUUCAAACAGUUCUUCACAAGUACUCUGAGCCUCAAAUCUCUCAAUAUGUCAUUUUGCAAACUACCUCUGGAAGCUCUGAAGAAUCUAUUGCUUGGACUGGCAUGCAAUGAGUCUACAGUUGACCUGGAACUCGAUCUGAGCUGCAACAACCUGGGUGCCCAAGGUGCCCACGUACUAGAAUCUUGCGUGCACGGUAUCCGCUGCAUCUCGAGUUUGGACAUCAGUGAAAACAAUAUGGAUGCAGACUUAGCUUCUGUGGUGACUGCCAUCAGCAAAAAUAAAUCAAUCAAGCACUUGAGUAUGGGCAGGAACCUCAAUAACAUGAAAGCUAAAUAUAUUGCUUCUGUUAUGGAUGCUGUUGUGCAGAUGAUACAGGAAGAAGAUUGUGUUCUUCAGUCAUUAUGCAUACCAGAUUCCAAACUGAAGUCGGAUCUCUACAAUUUGAUUAAUGCAUUGGGGAGUAAUCAGUGCUUGCAGAUGAUAGACAUCAGUGGAAACAUGAUGGGGGACAAUGGGGCCAGGCUGCUUGCAAAAGCACUGCAGAUCAACUCGAAAUUGCGAACAAUAAUUUAUGAUCGCAACAAUAUAACAUUGCAAGGCUAUUCGGACAUAGCGUAUGCAUUGGAGAGUAAUUAUACUGUACGCUACAUGCCUUUUCCAAUUUAUGACAUUGUCCCCUGUAUGAAGACUUCUGCAGAAGAAGCAGAAAGAACAGAUGCCGUUAUGAAGAAAAUCCAAGAUAUCCUGCACAGAAACGUCACACCAAAAAUAUACAGUAAUGGCCAGGCCUUCAGAUUGCAGCAGGGUUUCCUAUUGAGCUCCACACAGCAAAUGGUGGAUCGACUAGUAGUACAGACACAGAAUAAGAUACGUACUCUUGCUCAGGAAUCAACAGAGAAUAACAAUGAUAUUAAUCAAGCAACAGGGCUCAUAAAGGAUGCUGAUAACUCCAAACAGCUUCUGACAAGACUACAAGAAGCUGUGCAGUGCAAAGAAGAAACCGGAAACCCGAUUGACGUCAAGCUGCGUGAAGUCUCGGAUGAACUGCAUGCGGUCAUUGUUGAGUACCUGCAGAAUUCUUUGGAGAGCAUGAUGAAAUGCGCACAAGAACAGUGCCCACAUGUUCUGUCUGAUGAACAUGUACGUGCAGAAAUUCUGAAAUUGUGCAGAGAAAAAAAUCGUCUUUCUUCAGAUUUUGUGCACUCUUGUGUUGUUGAGCGUGCUGGCACAGAAAUUGUUAACAGAAUCAAUGAAUUGAAUUUGGCUGUGGCUGCCCGUGUGUCAGACCGCAUUACAGAUGAAGUCAUAGAAUCACUGUCGAGGAGUUACAAAGCAUUGGUUGGUGAUACAAAUGAAAAGCGUUCUUCAACACCAGAUGUAUUGAGAACCAGGUCUCGUGUGAGUUCGGGCUCGUCACGCAAUGAUCCCAGUGACACCUUCUCCACAGCUGACACCAUUAGCCAACGUUCGGACCAGUCACCAAUGGCCACUCCACACCUCUCUACAAAACGAAAAAGUCUCCACGGUCGCAAACUGAGACCGAAAUCUGUUGUAGACAGUAUAGAGGGUCUUUCAGCUGAUGACAUUCCAGAUUUGCUUCCACCACUGCCCUGCUCGGAAAGAGAAUCACCUGAUUGUGGCCCAUUACGGUUAAGACAUCUUGUGAAGGGACGCCCUCGUCGUGCAAAAACACGCGCUCCAACGAGGCCUGUUCUACGUCCUUCAGAGUUAACAGAUGUCGACGGUUUGGGUCUUUCUGAAGGUCUCGACACUUUCUUUCGACCCGGAUCAACAACACCACUUGUCUCUCCAGUUUCUGAUGACAGUUCACACACGUUUCCAUCAGAUAUCAGCCCUAAUCCCACACCACUAAUAAAAGAUGAACUAAAUUACCAAGAAAACAAAACAAGCUCAUCUGAAAUUGUUAGAAAUGUGAGAAUCACCCCAGAGAUGAGCAGAAGCUUUACAGAAGAUGACUCCAGAAGCGAAACACGAUUGGGGAGAAGCUCACCGUUACCAAAAGCAAUUUCUGGGCUUCUGGAGCCUGCCUCAUCACAGCUGGCAGCUGGAGCUGCGAUGCAGUCACAGUCGACUGACAGCCUGGAGCGACGGUCGCCACUGACUGGGCGACGGUCUCAGGGUGAUUCCCCACUCACGGCUUCCCCUCUGGCUCUCUCCCGAAGGCUGGCACAGUCAUCAAAUGCUGAACAAAUAUGUGGAGGACAGUGUGUAAGGGAGGAAAGUGAUGGCACUGUACAAGAUGGGCUGGAGAGUCGUUCCGGGAUUGGUGGACCCUAUAGAUCUAGAGCUGGCACAGGACCUGAAGUCAGGAAAAGAACAUCUAGCAAGCAGGAUGUGGAUGCCGAAAAACCACCCUCUCCCAUUGUGGCACCUGGUGUGAAACUGCGUUCCACAGGACUUGUGGAAUCACUGCGUUCUCCUACUGAAAGUUUUCCAAAGGGAACCACAGCUGAUGGUCCGAAGUCACCAGUUCUUAAGUCGACAACAAAAGACGCUUCCCUAAGGACAAAUGACAGUACAACCUGCUGUGGUGGCAAACAGUGCAACAGCCGACAGAAACCACCUCCCCCCAUUGCACCGAAGCCAAGACCAUGGUCUGUUGUCGGAGGGGAUCGGAAGUCAGGGGAGUUUUCGUUGCUGAGUGAUGGUUCCAGUACGAAUACCUCUGCUGCCAAUACCCCUGACUUGGAUUCAGGAGAUACGCUGGAUGAAUCUACAGACUCUGGAGUCGCGAGUUUGGGAUCUGGAGGAGGUUGCAGUGCUGGAACCACAGUGCCUGAGAAACGAUCAGUGAGGGAGCUAGCUGCCAGCUUAGACAAACAAGGUUCAGGUGGCAGGACCGGCUCCUCACACAGCACAGAAUCAGAAAAUGUAUCUGUCAGCUGCACGGCUGGCUCUGAAGCCCCUCUCCGCUCUCGCAACUUCAUGCAUUUGACUCGGAGAAGUGAUGGACCAUCCUCCACUGAAACAAAGGAAGUUCUGGAGAGCUCGGUUGAAGAUAAUGGGAUACUUGAAAGGAAGAUAGAAAUUGUUACCUCAAGGAAGAAGAGACAAAGCUAUGUGCUGAACUCCCAGUAUGCAUUUGACGAAGAUGUAGUAGAUGUCUGACAGCACUUACAACUUCAAAACAUUAUUUUUUAUUUUGUGUACUGAGUUACAUUGAACAUCAUUCCUCUUCCCCACUCUCUCUGGCAUAUUGCCAGAUGACUGAUGUAAAAAUGUUUUAGCUUAUUCACUGACUUGUUA